GUUAAUGGAAAGAAUUACAUGAAAAUUUUUAAACGUAGUUUUAUUUAUUAAUGAAAGAUGGUGUUAAGUAAUUUAUGUAGGAGAAUAUCAUGAAGGAAUAAAAAAGGGAAGAUGGAAUACUAUCUAUUAAGGUUAUUUUGAUAAAGAAUUCAAAAUUAUGUAAAUAAUUUUAUUAAUUGAAUUAUAGUGGAGGUGGUGAAUAUGAUAUUAAUGGAUAAAAACAUAAAAAAUGGAUUGAGCCAUAUGAUUUUUUCAAUAAGUAUAGAAAAUAUAAAUAUGGCUGUCGUUGUUAGGUAACUUAUAAUGGUAUAUUUAAACAUGGAAAGAAAUAAGGAUAAUGGGAUAUCAUUUUUGAAAAUAAAAAAAUGUUAAAAUUAAAUUUAAUAAAAUAGUGGUGGAGGUUAUUAUGAUGAAAAUGGAUUUAAACAAGGUUUAUGGGCAGAAUUAUAUGAAAAUUUUUGGGAGUACUCAUUUUUAAUUAUAAAUUAUUUAGUGAAUGCUAAGUUAUCUUUGUAGGUUCAUAUAAAGAUGGAAUCAAAUUUGAAUAAUGGAAUACAAAAUUUAGAAAAAAUAAUACAGAGCAAUUUAGAAUUAUGUAUAUUUACUAUUCAUAUAUAGAGGAGGUGGAAAAUAUGAUGAAAAUGGAAUGAAAAAUAGAGAAUGGAU